AUGGCUGACAUAGAAAAAGAUGAACGGGCCUGGGUCGGUGGGCUUCGUAGGGCAGUGACUUUUGCAUUUGCCCUUUUAGUUCUGGGAGCAGUACUAUGGGCAUUUAUUGAUAGUAUCCCUUUGGCCCGUGAUGAGUAUAGAAUCAUGGCCUUUGGAAUUUAUGGGGCGUUCUUAACGGUGCACCUCAUGAUCCAAAGUUUCUUUGCCUUCUUGGAGCACCGGAAAAUGAGAAGAGGUGGCUUCCCUUGCUCUUACACCAAAAACGUUGCCUUGACCAUAUCUGCUUACCAAGAAGACCCCAUGUAUCUACGUGAAUGCCUUGAAUCUAUCAAGAACACACAAUACCCUCCUGAUAAGUUAAGAAUCAUCAUGGUUAUUGAUGGCAACAGCCCUGAUGACCAGUACAUGAUGGACAUGUUUCAGGAGGUUUUUUCCAAAGAGGAUGUUGGGACUUAUAUUUGGAAAAACAACUACCAUCACUGGGACAAAGACACAGAAGAGGAACCAUUGCCUGUUUAUACAGACAUCGAAAUGGAGGACUCAACAAGACAAGAAAUAGAGGCUAUCAUCAGGAAACACAGAUGUGUCUGCAUCAUGCAGAGGUGGGGUGGAAAGAGAGAAGUCAUGUAUACAGCCUUCAAAGCUCUUGGAGACAGCGUGGACUAUGUCCAGGUUUGUGACUCAGACACUAAACUGGAACCACUGGCCACCUUGGAGCUUGUAAAAGUACUCGAGUCCAAUGACCGUUAUGGUGCUGUGGGAGGGGAUGUGCGAAUCCUGAAUCUAGCAGACUCCUAUAUCAGUUUCAUGAGCAGCCUGAGGUACUGGAUCGCCUUCAAUGUGGAGAGAGCCUGCCAGUCUUAUUUUGACUGUGUCUCCUGCAUCAGUGGUCCUCUUGGACUAUAUCGUAAUGACCUCCUCCAGACUUUCCUCGAAUCCUGGUACAAUCAGAAAUUCCUGGGAACCCACUGCACUUUUGGUGAUGACCGGCAUCUGACCAACAGAAUGCUCAGUAUUGGCUAUGCAACUAAAUACACCGCACGUUCAAAAUGUUAUUCUGAGACACCUGGCCAGUUCUUGCGUUGGCUGAACCAGCAGACACGCUGGACCAAAUCCUAUUUCCGUGAGUGGCUAUACAACGCUCUUUGGUGGCACAAACAUCACCUUUGGAUGACCUACGAGUCAAUCAUCGCUGGCGUCUUUCCAUUUUUUGUCACAAUCACAGUCAUCAAAUUGUUCUUCAGCUGCCAUCUAUGGGACAUCCUUUGGGUCCUUAUCACUGUCCAACUGAUUGCCACUGUUAAGGCCUUGUAUGCUUGCUUCCUACGAGGCAACAUGGUCAUGAUAUUCAUGUCUCUCUAUGCCGUACUCUACAUGGCCGGACUGCUUCCUACAAAGUACUUUGCCAUUAUUACCAUGAACAAGAGCAGUUGGGGUACAUCGGGACGAAAGAAGAUGGUAGGUAACUAUAUGCCUCUUCUGCCUUUGUCCAUCUGGUGGGGGAUCCUUUUUGCUGGUUUGCUCUACACAAUCAUCAUGAUGUCAUUGUGCACCGAUUGCCGUCUCAUUGAAGCAGAGCAAAAUUAUUUGAUCUACGGCUUUUCCGCCUAUGUUGCCUACUGGAUACUGAUGAUAUCCCUCUACUGGCUUUGGAUCAAGCGCCUUUGCAGAAAGAGGCAGGAUUAUUACGAUGUUACGGACUGA